AUGGGCAAACAAAGCAUUUCUCAUGAGCGGGAUUUACGAAAUCAAUGCUUGGGUGCAUCGUCCAGAUCACCAUCAACGUCCGUGGAACUCUUAGCCAACUUCCAGAAUGAACUCUCUGGUUAUCAGACAGUUGACGUUCGAGUUCGCCAUCUCUCCGUCACAGUAGAAGCAGUUGCCCCAUCUCCCUUAUCAUCACUGGAUGCCCUCAGAGCCAGAAUAAAUGGCUCGAAAAAGACGCCUACAUCAAUCAAGAAAAUCCUCGACGAUGUCUCUGCUGAUUUUCCAAGUCGAAGUCUUACAGCCAUCGUUGGCGCCAGCGGCAGUGGGAAGACCAUGCUGCUGAAUGUAAUUUCUGGUCGUAUGAAAGCUCACAAGUUCCGACAAUCUGGAACUGUUACCUACAAGAGCUCGACCAACAACUGCUGCGGAAAAGUUGAUGCGGCCUAUGUGCUCCAACAAGAUGUACUUCUGCCGACUUUGACCGUGCGCGAAACACUUCAGUUGGCUGCUGAUCUACGAUUGUCGACGACCAAGACCAAAGCCGAAAGAUGUACCAUGGUGGAGACUGUCAUAGCCGAGCUUGGGUUACAAACAUGCGCCAACACGAAAAUAGGGGAUCCUGCUCACAAUAAGGGUUGCUCUGGAGGGGAAAGACGAAGAACCAGCAUUGGGAUCCAGCUUUUAGCAGAUCAACCUAUUCUAAUCCUAGAUGAACCAACGACCGGCCUUGAUGCUGCAUCUGCCAUCCAAGUGGUACAAACACUCAGCCGUCUUGCUCGAAAGGGGAAGACCAUUAUCAUGACAAUUCAUCAGCCUCGUUCGGAGAUAUGGAGACUUGUCGAUAACAUUGUUCUCCUAUCACGAGGGUCGCCUGUUUAUUCCGGCUCAGUAAAGCAAUGCCUACCUCAUUUCGAGCGAAUGGGUUAUAAGUUACCCUCCUUCUUCAAUCCUUUCGACUUUAUCGUCGACCUUGCUGCGAUCGACAUCCAAUCAGUGGAACUUGAGAAGAAUUCUUCUAUACGAGUUGAUCAACUAUUAAAAGCGUGGGCAUCCGAAUCAGCCAGCUACCAUGAGAAGAUCUCGCAAUCCUUUACCAACAAAUCGCUACAUAGUAAUCGUGCCACAAGUUACAGAGAUCUUUUCGAUGAACUGGCCCAUGAAACAAUGGUGCUCACUCGGAGAACAUUCAUUGUCACUUACCGUGAUCGACUUGGACUAUUCGCUAGCAUAAUCGAGGCUACGUCCAUGGGCAUGAUAAGUGGUUGGGUGUUUUACCAUUUAGGUGGCGACCUUUCCGGGAUCAAGUCUCGACAAGGAGCCCUGUACACAGCAUCCGCAGUACAAAGCUACCUUGUUCUAGUCUUCGAGACUUACCGAUUGUCGGUCGAUAUCGAAAUCUACGACCGAGAGCGUAUCGAAGGGACAUCGAGACCUGUCACCUUUGUCCUAAGUAGGAGACUAAGUCGAAUUUUAGUCGAGGAUAUUCCAGUGCCUAUAUUGUUCUCUUUGAUCUUCUACUUUAUGGCUGGAUUUCGACCUCAGGCGAGACAGUUCUUCACCUUCCUUGUGAUUCAAACGAUCACACACCUCGCGUCUAUCAAUCUGGCAUCUAUUUGCGUUGCAAUCAAUCGGCAGUUCAUGGUGGCAUCUCUACUUGCGAAUCUGAGUUUCACUCUUCAAACCUUCGCCUGUGGCUACUUUAUCAAUACGCAUUCUCUCGCCGUAUGGCUACGCUGGACAAAGUGGAUCUCCUACAUCUUCUACGCAUUUAGCGCUCUUUGUACGAAUGAGUUUAGGGGUCAUAUGUACGAUUGCCCCUACUCUGGAGAAGCCUCGAAUCAAGCAUGCAAGGAGUACUGGGGCGAGUACAUUUUGGAGGCUCUAAACGUGCCUUCUGACUGGCUGUGGCGACCAAUUGUCGUGUUGGUAGGCUUCACUGCCCUGUUUUUCGGUCUCUCUAUUCUCUUACUGCAAUUAAUUACAAUUGAGGUCAAGUUAGCAAGAUCACGCCAGAGCGAAGUAAGCUGUGGCGAAGACCAUGAACGAUCUACACGCACGACCGACGCACCUACUUCUAUCAACAUCACCUUGGAUGGUUUCGGUAUAGAUCUUGAGACGAGGAGGCUCUUUAAGGCUAUGUCACGGAAGCAAAUCUGCGCACCUAUUACGACAAACUUUGAAUCUGGCUCAUUAAACGUGAUUAUGGGUCCCAGCGGCUCUGGGAAAUCAACAUGCUUGAAUACAAUAGCCCAAAGACCACAGAGCUCUCCUGUCUCAAGAUAUUUGUCGUGCGGAACAAUACGACUUAAUGGCGCCAUCGCGACCGACUCCGUUUUGAGGUCGAUCUGUUCUUACGUACCCCAGGACGACACCGGACUUUUACCUUCCUUAACCGUCAGAGAGACACUAUACUUCGCUGCUCAACUUCGUUUGCCGCAUUUUGUUAGUCACGAGCAAAAGCUACAACGUGCGGAAUCUAUUCUUCUGCGACUCGGACUCAAGGAAUGCGCAGAUACGCUUGUUGGCAAUGAAUUUAUGAAAGGUGUUAGUGGAGGGGAGAAGCGACGUGUCUCGAUUGGGAUACAGAUACUUACUGAUCCAAAGGUUCUAUUGUUAGACGAGCCAACGUCUGGCCUUGAUGCAUUUACAGCGGAUUCGAUAAUUAAGGUGCUCCAAAGUCUUGCUGAUGAAGGCAGAACCGUUAUACUGUCCAUACACCAACCUCGAUCAGACACUUUCAGACAAUUUGGAAAGCUCCUCCUUCUCACACACAGCGGCGAUGUUGCUUACGCUGGAGGUGUUCCGAACAUUCUCCCGCAUUUCAGCGAGAUCGGUUACACUUGCCCCGACGCAACCAAUCCAGCCGACUUCAUUAUGGACCUGGUGUCUGACGAGAGCUUCUGUUGUCAUCAGCAGCAAGAGGGGAUUCUUCUUUCAUCGAUCAAAGCAGACGAGAGGCCUCUCGCCACCUCUAGAGUGACUGAGAGUCCAUCGGGACCGACUACAUUCUCUAGAGAAGGUCGUCUCUCCCUACCAGCCGAAAUAGGAGCCUAUAAGCGGAGUCAGCUCCCUUUCUCUCGCGCCUUUCCGAUCCUCCUUCGACGUGGAAUGAUUAAUCUCAAAAGGCAGCCGGAGCUAUUGAUCGGUCGAGUCACACAGAUAAUGGGUCUCGGUAUCGUUCUCGCCGCGUUCGUCGCACCACUCCAAAAUGACUAUUACGCAGUCCAGAGUCGAGUCGGCUACAUCCUAACCAUGUCUUCUAUGAUGUUCGUGGGUAUGCUUAACUCAAUAGCAAUGUACCCGACCGAGCGUGAUAUUUAUUACCAUGAAGACCGAGACAACACAUAUACUGUGGAGGCUUUUUUCUGCUACUACUCGUUCGUGGAGUUCCUUUUUGAGCUGCUUGGAUCUCUACUAUAUGCCGUUCUCACUGUGUUUGCAGUGGGCUUACCUCGUACAGCGAGCCAAUUCUUCCUCAUGACCUACUCGGCCUUGUGCGUUGUGUCGUGCGGCGAGAGUUUUGGGAUUCUGUUUCUCACUAUGUUCUCGCAUACAGGCUUGGCUGUUUCGGUCAUGACGGUGAUGAUGGCCAUCUCUGUCUCUUUGGCCGGUGUGCUGAGUAUAUCACUGGACAGAUUCCUGACUGUCGUGAGUUAUGUCUCACCGGUCAAGUGGCAGGUGGGCGCAUUGCUAAGCUAUACUUUGCGCGGGACUACUUUCACUUGUUCUGAUCAGCAAAGACUGGGGAAUGGCACUUGUCCAAUCCAGACGGGAGAUCAGGUGCUACAGCUGUAUAAAUUGGACGUGAGUACGCUGCAAUAUGCACUUAUUUUGGGAGCAAUAGCAAUAGGGUACAGAUUGCUUGCUUACCUAGGGUUGAAAACCCGGAGAGUUGACUGGACUCGCUGCAUGAGGAUGGAAUUACCUGGGAGGAAGAACGUGAAAUAA